AUGUCCCGCUGGCGCACCGUGCCUUUCGCAUGCACACGAAACUGGGGGGAGUGUUUCGUGCGGUAUCCUGGCUGGUACCCGGUACUGUACCAGCGAGAGAACGAAGAAAAAACAAGAGAAGGCUCUUUGCUGUGCGAAGCCGUUGACCUUGAAAUUGCAGGAUUCAUUAUUCAGAAUAGACGAUACAUGAUGCGAAUGGGAAACACAUUCAGAACAGACCGCACUUUUUGCUCGCCCCAGCCGUGGAGCGAGCAACGUUUUGGUCGUAGAAGUGGAGAUGCCAACCGAGGCCCGAGUUUUGACCGGAAUAGAGAAUGCGUGGUAGAGAGUCAGACAAACCGUUCCCUGAGAAUGGAGCAUAAUGACUCGCAAUCUGAGCUUUACAGAAAUGUGUCGCCCUUCGCACUGGAUCGUGGAAAUUCCAAGUACUUCGGAGAGGCAACGAGUGGUUACGAAGGGCUCGUACCAAGUGCAUCAUAG